AUGGUUUCGAGACAAAUAUCACCAUUAGCUGUUCAAAAUGCUAUGGAUUCAGUUCAAAAUACAUUAAGAUUUGAAAAUGAUGCUGUUUCAAAUUUAUCAUCACAAUAUCAAAAUGAUGAAUAUUCAAUGAAUAAUUUAAUUCAAAGUAUUUCAAUAUUAUAUAAUUCUGUGGUUUCAAAUAAUGGGAAGAUUGUUAUCACAGGAGUUGGGAAAUCUUAUAAAUUGGGAUUAAAAUUAGUAGCUACUUUAAACUCAUUAUCUAUUCAUGCUUCUGGCUUACAUCCUACUGACGCAUUACAUGGAGAUCUAGGGUUGAUUAAUCAAGAUAAAGAUUGUUUAAUAAUGGUUACCUCAAGUGGUAAUACUCCUGAAUUAAUGGAAUUAUUACCUCAUUUUUCAACUACUUUACCAAUCAUUUUGUUAACUUGUUCAAGAAAAUCAAAACUAUCCGAACAUAAUCAAAUUUCAAGUUUAAUAUUGGCUGAAUUAUUACCUUGUCAUAAAGAAGAAUUAAUUCAUGGUAUACCCGCCCCAACUGUUUCUUUCACUUUAAGUUUAGUACUUGCUGAUGCUGUCAUAUUAGCUCUACUGGAAUUGAUAGAAGCUGAUGUUACUAAAAGGAAAAAACUAUUUGGUUGUAAACAUCCCGGCGGUUCAAUUGGUGCCAAUCUAAAUAAUCUUUCAAAUAUCACCACAACAACAACAGCAACAGUGUCUACAAAUUCUUCAAUGUUGAGUCUUAAUUCAGCCAUGUCAAGUUCAUCAUCAUAUAAUUCAUCGGAAGCAAGAGAAGAAGAAUCAAUUAAGGAUAUAACAUAUAAAGAUUUACUACAACUUGAAGAAUUGGAAUUAUUAAAAUGGAUAGUUAAAUUUGAUACUAUAAAAUUAAUUGAACAUGAUGGGAAAAUUUGUUUUCUUAAUUGUGAUUUUAUUCAAAAUUUAUAUAAACGUUAUGAUGGUUCAAAUUGGGAUAAAUUUAAAUGGGAAUUAAUACGGAAAUUUACAUAA